AAGCAGCACGUGGUGGAGCUGAGGAGGGGACUGUUUCUGUAAGGAGUAAGAUUGCCCGGAGCUGCAGAUUGGGACCCUCCCCCCUUCGGAGCUGCUGCCAUCCUCUCGUCAUCAGCCCUGCAGGCUCCAGCCAUGUGGCUCUACCUGGCUGCCCUCUUGGGGUUCUACUUCCUUCGCCGUUGGUACCGGGAGAGGCAGACUGUGGAGAACCUCAGAGAGAAAUAUGUCUUCAUCACUGGCUGUGAUUCCGGCUUUGGGAACAAGCUUGCCAGACAGCUGGAUGCCCGGGGCCUGCGCGUGUUGGCGGCCUGUCUCACUCAGAAGGGAGCAGAGCAGCUGGAAAAGGCCACAUCGGAGAGGCUGAAAACCACCAUUCUGGACGUCACCAGCACAGAGAAUGUUGCGGCAGCAACCGAGUGGACGAAAUCAUGCAUAGGGAACAAAGGUCUCUGGGGCUUGAUAAAUAAUGCAGGCAUAGGUGUCCCAAUAUCUCUCAAUGAAUGGCUGACCAAGGACGACUUUGCAAAGGUGAUCAACGUCAACCUGCUUGGGUUGAUUGACGUGACUCUGCACCUGCUGCCCCUGGUGAGACAAGCCAGAGGGAGGGUGGUCAACGUGGCCAGUGCAAUGGGAAGACUGGCAAUGUUUGGAGGAGGAUACUGCCCAGCCAAGUAUGGAGUGGAAGCCUUCUCUGACAGUCUGAGGCGUGAGCUCCUUCCAUUUGGCGUCCAAGUCAGCAUUGUUGAGCCUGGUUGUUUCAAUACACUCAUUGUGCAAAAGGUAGCAGAGGACUUCAACACUGUGUGGAACCGGUUGCCUUCUGACAUCAGAGAGACCUAUGGGCAACAGUACUUUGAUGAUGUUUUGAAAAUGUCAAAAAAACUCAUCAACAGAGCCAGCAAGGACGUCCACCUGGUCACUGACUGCAUAGAACAUGCCCUGACAUCCUGCUACCCUCGCACUCGCUACUCUGCAGGCUGGGAUGCAAAGCUCUUCUACAUUCCUGUCUCAUACUUGCCAACCGCAGUGGCAGACUAUGUGUUGACCCGCUCUAGGAUCAAGCCAGCACAGGCAGUGUAGAUUAUUUUGCUAUACUUUAUGGUUUUAAUUGUGAACUGCCCUGAGAGCCUAGAUAGAUAGAUGGUGUAAAGGAAGCCUGAGUCAAUCAGUCCUUCCCAAGGGUCCCUCUGGGGUGGUUCCCCCAACCCCCGUACUACAGGACCGGUAUAACUUUGGAAUAAAGGCACACAGACACCCAAAAUAACCAAGAUAAAAGUUUAUUGUUACUAAAUAAGAGCUUGGUUGGUAGCAGCUACAGAAAUGCAAAUAAAAAGGAAAAUACGGGAACACAGGGGAAGAGGGUAAAUGAGGUAGAUAGAUAUCAGGCAGAACCACCCACAAAUCCAUUCAGAAAAGAACAGGCAGUCUCUCCACUAGACUUCCCUCCCCCCCUUCGGCCAAAGCGACCAAAACUUGCCUCUGAAAAACCAGCACGCAGCAGAACAGCAACACCCUAACUCUCUUUCAGCUCCCAGACUGGGCAACUGCAGACGUCCAUAGCCUCCAGGCUGAAGACCUGCCCCAACUUAAUCCAAUCAGCCUUUUUAUCUCUCUCUCCCUUAAUGAGGGUGUUUGCUCUUUCUUCUCACACAAAGCCCAAUUAGCCCAGGCAGGAGAUAGCCCCCAGGUGCGAAGCCUCUGCCUGACCUCGGGAAGUUUAACUCCCACCCUUUCCCACAUACCAAAGCUGGAUCCUGGCGCCGGUUUGAACCAUAAACAAGCUGGCCAGAUUCCUCCCAUAAACAUAUCAAACUAUUCUCUAUCUAUCCAUCACCACUAUGGUUUACUACCUAACAGGAAGACAUGGUUUACUACCUACAGAAAAACAGAUCUAACUCAGGAACAAAUGUUAUUGUACACACAAUAAAACUUUACUAAUGAACUCAACUAUAUUAAUAGAGAGGGGGAAAUAUAAGUCCACAGCUAGCGAAACAUCAGCGUAACUGUUAUUUAUUCACUGUCACAACAGACUAGCAGAUGAAAUGUUCACCUAACCCCGGAAAUCUCCAGCUAGCCUGCAACAUAUAUGUACAUGUAUUUAAGCUUAUACGCAUAACUCACAUACUGUUGUAACACCAACAACAAGUUCCAGGUAUGCUGGGGAAACAAUGGCAGUCAUCGCAUGACCGACAAAACUACCAUAUUUUCUCUGUAUCAAAAUAACCCGUGAAAAGGGGGUGGGAGAGACAUGAGACAACAACUGCAUGGCGUCAUGUAAAGCUCACAGGAAAACCAGUGACCAAACUAUGAUGAUUACAUGAAAAAAAAGUGCCCUAAGAGUCUACCUUCCUGGUUCUGCCUGCACUGGUUCAAAAGUAACUGUUUUCUAAAGGAAGUGUUCUGUAUGUCAAGGAGAUGCUUGUGUAGUGACUCUACCUUGUUUGAAAGCCUUUUUCCUUACUGUAAUUUGAAUUUGGCUAUUAUAUGCUAUAUUAAAAAAAUACCUAAAUUAAUCAAUAUAUGAAUUCAGAAUAUAUGGCAGUUUUAGUGUGAGAUAUACUAUUAUUUUUCUUUCAGAGAUCUUCAUAUAUGGGACACAGCCCACCCACCUAGAAAUAUACUUUGUCCCUUCUGUGUCUGUGUGUGUCCCAUCCCCCGAUUUUUUUUCCCUGGUGCUGCCGCUGACAUCAUGGACAAUAAGACCAUGAAAGGCUGGUAGUCAUUAUAGUGAGCUGCCAUCAACAGGAAUACUAGUAGAUCUUGACAUUUCAAUCUAGUGUUGAGUCCUUUAUAUAUUGAUAAUAAAAAUGGAAAGAUGGAACACAGGCUGUGGCCCGACCAUAGCUUAUUUAGGGUGACCUUUUCACUAGAUUGAAAUGUCAAGAUCUACUAGUAAAAUAGAAAAUAGAGUAAAGUAAAAUAGAAGGCUGUGGUUGAAAAUAACAAUAGUACAAUAUGAGUGAUAACACUCAACCGCACAUAAUAUUAAAGGACAUUAUAGGUGUGGGGGUUGUUCAGUAUGCGACCUGGCGUUACAGAUUAAGAACUUUCAACACCCUACAGAUAACCGAACUUUUGAUUUAAGAUACUUUUCUAAUUGUUCUACGGAGAAGGUGGUUUAUAUCAUUAUCUGUCCUUGUCAUUUGAUUUAUGUGGGCAAAACUAUGCGGAGUGUAUGAGCACGAAUCAUUGAACAUCGUUCUAAACUUAGAAAUGGGAUAACAGAGGCACCAUUAGUCCAACAUUUUAUAGAGCAUCAUCAUCAUUACUACGAUUUUCAGUUUUUUGUUAUUGACGAGAUCUUUCCCCUUCAGUAUAAUUAUCGUGAUCUGAACAAGGAACUUCUUCAAAGGGAAGCUGAGUGGAUCCAUCGACUUAAUUGUAUUCAACCUUUUGGACUAAACGCCAGUCUAGGUCUCACAACUUAAGGUGAUUUAUUAGCCAAUUAAGCUACUUUAACUAUAUUCUAUAAGAACUGGGAGCCUUUUUGAAAUCUCUUCAAGAAAUUGAGAGCAUUACCUGACGGCUUGAAGACAUGAAAAUGAUAUGGUGGUAAGCCUUGAGAGUCUUUAGUAUAGUUUUUGUAUAAUCAACUUAGGUUUUGGAUAGUUUAUAAUUAUAAUUACAAGUUUCACUAUUUCUUCUUUAGCUAAACCUUGGAGGGUUCCACUCUAAAUGUAUAGCCGUGGCUCCUUUUGUGAACCAGUUUGGUGAGGCCAAUAUACUCUGUUUUCUUGCUUUGUAUGUAGUAAAUGACAACGUAUGUAAUUGGUUACAAAUGCUGAGUAAGGUGUUUUUGUAUCAUUUUCCAGCAUCCUACUGACAAAGAAUUAUCGAAACAGAACUUGUACCGGACUACUGUUUAUUAUAUUAGACGCUUUAUUAUAUUAGACGCUUCAUGAAAUUUAUCUGUUAGACACAUAUUUAUGAGAUCAUUGAUUCUUGUCAUGAAUGUUUAAUGGAUGCCAACUUAUUGUAGGCUUCAUUAUGAAUGUUUGAUGAACAUCUUGUAAAUGUUAUCUAUAUGCCUGUCUUUUGUACAUUUGUGAUCUCUUUUGAAUUAUUCGUCUAUAAAACUUUCUUAGUA